CCUCCCUCUAUGCCGUGCCCACCCAUCGAUCGAUAAUUAAUUCACUCCAUCCGCCUGUCUCACCUUCACGUCAGCGUGUACCCCGUCUAGCUGCACCUCGCGAUUUCCAGUCUGGGUGGGUUUCAAGCAGUGAUCCACAGUGCAGCGUGGCCGCCUCCCCGGGCAAGGAGCUGGUCGGCCUCAAUGCGCAUCUGCCGACCGCGGAGCCAUAUGUAAACGAGCAGCUAGACGCAACAAAAUGAAUCAUCCGUCGACAAAUCCCCCGUCUUCGGGAGGCCCACCCUCAGCCUCUGCUUCCGCCCGAACCGCGUUGAGGAGUAGUGUCGUGGCAGCCUUCAACGGUCGGUAUCCCCUCUGCAAUUGUCUUCCGAGCUCUCAACUUCCUUUCCUCUUCUCCUCGCUGCUUCUUCUGCCCCCACCGGCCUCUUAUCGCCACUUGCUUUUGUUUUUCUUCCCCUUGCAGCUUCUGCUUUCUCUGAUCGAUCAUGGCUGGUGCAUCAGCCGCCUGAUCAAAGCUCCGCGUGCCUCGCCCGAGGUUACAGUGCUGAACGCUCACUCUUCAUAACACUUUGCGCUCCUCAACCUGUCCCUCUCUUCCU